AUGUUCACAACACUGGGCCUAUUUACAGGUGUGGCUUGUCCACAAGGAGAGCAUUGCGCGCUCUUGACUUGCAUGUUCUCCCAUGCUCGCUAUUGCACGGGUCUUACCAAGCCCUCUUCCGGUACCACGACAUCAUCAGACACAAUCGGCACACAUAAUCCGAAGAAGCUUAAGACCCAAGAGAGCAUAUCUUCGACGGAACCGCUGACCUUGUCUCACAAGGUGUCAAAUCUUGAGGAUGUAGUGAAUGGCUCGCGUUCAACAUCGAAACCAAGCCAACAGCUACCACGGCGGACCUCUGACCGACGUAGCUCCGAAACGCCUGUUACCCGUCCUGGGGCGUCAACUUCGCCGUCGUGCCCAAGCUCCAAUCUUGAAACCGACGAGCCUUCAAGCAGCCCAAUCACUCGUCAGCCCACGUCAUCCGAGCUUCCCCCUCGGAAGGUGCGAAAGGAAAGCCUCAAUCCGCGCAUGCUGACAAAGGCCCCUGCGCCUCAUGCAACCCGGAGCGCGAUUCUCACCAAAUUACAUGCCGUCAUGGUCUCAAAUAAUGAGAAGCUCGCCAAAAGCAAAGACAGCUCGAAGAAGUCCUUUGUCCUGACGGCCGAUGAGUUGGUAACUAUGGCUUUGGAUGAAGAGGAAUAUGUGGCAAAGGGCAACCCGGGCGUGUACUCCAAUGUGAUCAAACUCCGGAUCGUGAAACUGACGAAGAUGAGCUCUGAGGACUGGGCCAAGGAGGUCAUGAAACACCUCAAUACUAGGUAUUACAAAAUACCAGUCGCUCCGACUCCAGACGCUACCAAGCCCAUCGAAACUGGUCUCACCACCAGACAAGAGAUCACUUUUGUGCCGAGACUAAUUACACCCUUGAAUGGCCUUGAGGAAUUCGGUUAUGUCACAAAACCACCUACUGCAGCGGAAAUCGAGACAUCCAAACAGGGCGUCACUGAUUCGAAGGGUUGGGAGAAGUGUGAGCGCUGUGCGAGCCGCUUCCAGGUCUUUCCUGGUCGACGCGAGGAUGGUGCGUUGACAACGGGAGGACCAUGUACCUACCACCCCAAUCGACCCGUUAUUCCACCUCGCAAGAAGACGGACAACUAUACGGGUUCCGGAGAGUCCUAUUUCCCUUGCUGCGGUGAAUCUGUAGGGACGUCGAUCGGUUGCACUAAAGGUGCUCAGCACGUUUUCAAAAUCUCCGAGUCCAAACGCCUUGCAUCCAUUCUUCAGUUUGAGACGACCCCUCGACAACUGGACAAAGGGGCCUUGGACCCUGUAUGCUUCGACUGCGAGAUGGGCUACACCACACAAGGCCUGGAAUUGAUUCGCCUCACUGCUGUCAGUUGGCCUGAAGGUCGUGAGCUUCUCGAUGUUCUUGUCAAGCCCAUUGGCGAGGUCUUGGAUCUUAACUCGCGAUUCUCGGGGGUAUAUCCUGAGCAUUUUGCAAAAGCCAUCCCCUACGGCACCUCCGAUAUCAUUCCUAAUUCUCCUUCCCAGUCUGGUCAGGGAAAUCAGCAGAAGCCUAUGCAGGUCGUUGAAUCGCCUGCCGCAGCCCGGGAACUACUCUUCCAAUUCCUUCAGCCUGAAACACCCUUGAUCGGCCACGCCAUUGACAACGAUCUCAAUGUCUGCCGAAUCAUUCACCCCACAAUCAUCGACACGGUUAUCCUGUAUCCAGCCCCGAGGGGCGGUUUACCCAAUCGCAUGAGCCUCAAGACACUCGCUCGCAAAUUCCUUUCCCGAGAAGUUCAAACCGGUGGCGCCAAGGGCCAUGAUUCUAAAGAGGACGCCAUCACAACAGGUGAUCUUGUGCGGGCCAUGGUUCGCGAUUCCUGGAAGAAGUACAAACACCAUGGCUGGCGUUUUGAAGGGGACCAUAUGGUCUCGCCACCCAAUCAGGAGACAUACUACGUCAACAGGCAGGGACUAUACGUUCCCAGUGAGAGACCGCAUGAUAAUGACAAUCCUGUGGAACAUCGCAUUGAAUCUGGUAGCGCUGGGCAGAAGAGGAAACAACCAUCUCCCGAUGAUAGCACUGCAUAG